AUGGGUCUCUACAGCAAGCUGGCGGAUGAUAUUACAGAGGUGGACGUGAUCAUUGCUGGAGGCGGAACAGCAGCUUGCGUCCUCGCUGGUCGUCUCGCGGCCGCCGACCCUCAAUUGUCCAUCCUCGUCAUUGAAGGCGGCACGAACAACCGCGAUGUUCCCAAUGUCGUCCACCCCGCCUUCUUUCUGGACCACCUUGCCCCGACGAGCAAGACCGCAAUCUUUUACCAGGGCAACGUAUCCGACAAGCUGGCAGGUCGCGGUCCCAUUGUCCCGGCUGGAGGAAUACUCGGUGGCGGUUCCUCGAUUAACUUUAUGCUCUACACCCGCGCCCAAAAGUCUGACUUUGAUUCAUGGGCGACACCCGGCUGGUCUUCGGCAGACCUUUGGCCUUACCUGAAGCGCUUCGAGACGUACCACGGUAACGGCGACCCGGCCCACCACGGCUCUUCUGGCCCGGUGCAUGUGUCUUCGGGAGGCUUCCGUGUCGAGAGUGUCGAGGAUGAUAUCCUGGCCGCCGCAAAGCAGACUGGCUACCCCGAGAUUCGGGACUUGCAGAACCUAGAGGCAAACAACGGCUAUGAAAGGUGGAUGAGAUACGUCUCGCCUGAAGGCAGACGACAGGAUGCCGCACACACUUUCCUGCACCCACUUCUCGAGGAUGGAAAGCACCCGAACCUUCACGUAUUGGUGGAGUCAAAGGUGAUCCGCGUCCUGUUUGACGACCAUAAGCGUGCCGUCGGAGUCGAGUACACUCCCAACUCAGACUACCAGGCUGUCUUGAACACCACACAACAACCGGUCCGGAGCGUCAAGGCAAAGAAGAUGGUGGUCGUGUCGUGCGGCGCCUGCGGAACCCCCGGCGUUCUCGAGCGCUCUGGCCUAGGAAGCAAGAAGAUCCUGAACAAGGCUGGCGUUCCCGUUGUGGCGGAUCUGCCUGGCGUGGGAAGCAACUAUCAAGAUCACAACCUUGUUUUGAUGCCCUACAAGACGGUGUUGAAGCCGGAGGAGACGCUGGAUAACAUCUUUAGCGGGCGCAUAAGCCACGAGGAUGCGAUUGCCAAGAAGGACAAGAUGCUGGGCUGGAACGGUGUCGAUGUCGUCAGUAAAAUCCGGCCCACUGAGGAAGAGGUAAAGAAGCUCGGUCCCGAGUUCGAAAAGGCAUGGGAGAAGGACUUCAAGAAUGACCCCAACAGACCUGUCAUGCUUACUGGUUUCCUUCACGGGUUCCUGGGCGACCACGCCGCCAUCCCGCAAGGCCAGUACACCACAGUCGCAAACUACACGGCGUACCCCUACUCCCGCGGUAGCAUCCACAUCACCGGCCCCGCCCUAACGGAUCCCCUCGACUUCGAGACCGGAUUCUUUAGCGAUCCUGACGACCUGGACCUCAAGAAGCAGAUCUGGGCCUACAAGCACUCGCGCGAGGUCGCCCGCCGCACAGCCCUCUACCGCGGCGAAGUCGCCGGCGGACACCCUUCCUUUGCUGCGGACUCCAAGGCCGCGCUUGUCGAGUCCGUCUCGGCGGACGCGUAUAAGAACGUCAAGCCGAUUGAGUAUUCUAAGGAAGACGACAAGGCGAUUGAACAGUUCUUGAGGGAGAACAUCAACACGACGUGGCAUUCUCUUGGAACGACCAAGAUGGCGCCGCGGGAUGAUGGGGGUGUUGUUGAUUCUUCGUUGAGCGUGUACGGUGUUGAGGGACUCAAGGUUGUUGACUUGAGUAUUGUGCCUGAGAAUGUUGGUGCUAAUACGAACAACACGGCAUUUGUGGUCGGCGAGAAGGCGGCGGAUAUCAUUGCAAAGGAUUUGGGCAUUAUCAUCGCGCCAAAGUUGUAA